CUACAAAUAAGUGUACACUUGCACCUAUGCAAACAUUUUUGUUUUACGUAGCAAAUUCACAACUAUACUGAACUUCGCAAAAUGAAAACCGUGCUUAUCACCGGAGCUAACCGCGGUCUAGGCCUCGGAAUGGUUAAAUAUCUCACAAAGCAAAAGAAGGCUGAAAAAAUCUUCGCCACUUGCCGGAAUGCAUCUGAGGAACUUACGAAGCUUUCGGAAGAACAUCAAAAUCUCCAUAUCUUACAUUUAGAUGUUAAAAAGCUCGAAUCUUAUGGAGAUUUUGCAUCGAAGAUAAAACAAUUAGUAGGCAAUGAUGGCCUAAACCUACUUGUUAAUAAUGCUGGAGUGACAACAAAAUUCACCAAACUUAGUCUUGUAAAGGAGGAUCAAUUAUUAGAUAAUUUCACCGUAAAUACUGUCGCACCUAUACUGUUAACCAAGACUCUUCUGCCACUCUUGAUACAAGCUGCCGAUGUAAAUAGCGAAAAACCGGUUGGAGCGAAUCGCGCCGCGGUCAUUAAUAUGAGUUCAGUUCUAGGAUCCAUAGCACAAAACGAUCAAGGAGGUUUUUAUCCGUAUCGAUGCUCAAAAGCUGCUUUAAACGCGGCAACAAAAUCGAUGAGUCUAGAUUUGAAAAAAAAUCAAAUCCUCGUGGCUUGCAUGCAUCCGGGCUGGGUGCGGACCGACAUGGGCGGGAAAAAUGCGCCGCUAGAUGUCGAUACAAGUAUCAAUGGAAUUUUCAAUACAAUAAACAAACUAGGUGAGGAGGACAGUGGAAAAUUUCUACAAUAUGAUGGAAGUGAACUGCCGUGGUAAUAACAAUGAAGUUUUGAAAUUCCCAUGAUUAAAGUUUGAUAAUAUGAUGAUGUUAAUAAUUGCGGAUGUAAACCUACAGGUGCUAUAAAUUAUUUUUAAGAUGAGUAAUUUCUGAUUAUAAGCCUUAUUAGAAAAAGUUGGUACGCUUUCGGGCUUUUGUUUUGGGUUGUUGUAACCAGGUGAUGGUAGAUAAAUAGGUCAAUAUUUAUAACAGCAAUAAAAAACAAAAAUAAAAAAGUUGUUUUUAGAUA